GUUCAGUUAUAUAUUCUAAACAACGUGAGAUUAGUUUUGUUCUGUUCAAAAUCUUUUUGUAUAAAUUGUCCUUGUAUUUUAUCAUUAUAUUUCUUCAUGGAAUUAUAAUAUAAAAGAUAAUUCGUCGUAACGGCAUGCUAAAUCUUUUAAAGCAUGGCGAUCAGAACAUUUAUGCGCUUGGGUGAUACCACGAGCAGAUGUGUUUUGAUGUUACCAUCUUAUACAGUUAAAUUACAUAUACCAAAUACUUAUAAAAAUGUAAGAGGUUUUAGACGAUUAAAGAAUUCUUUUGAACGACCUGAAAGUCCUUUUACGAGACUUAAUACUGAAAAUAGACCUGUUCAAUUUUCCAAGUUGUUAAAACCAUUUGUUUUUACUAUUACGUUUACAGGUGCUACAAUAGUUACAACAGCAAUUUGGGAAUAUGAAAGUAUUAGAAAGCAAACAUAUAAAAUAAUUAAUCAUUUUAGACAAUUUUACAGUGUUAAAACAGGAUGGCGGAAGGAUAUGGAAGCAUGGUGGAGAAAUUUAACAGAUGGACAAAGAAUGUUCGCACCUAUAUGUUUUUUAAAUGUUCUUGUAUUUCUUGCAUGGAGAGUACCCGCAUUGCAUAGCACAAUGCUAAAAUAUUUUUGUGCCAAUCCUGCUUCUAGUGCAUCAUGUUGGUCCAUGAUAUUAUCAAUAUUUUCACAUUAUUCUUUAUUACAUUUAGCUGCAAACAUGUAUGUAUUGCAUAGUUUUAGUACAGGAAUUGUAGCAUCUUUAGGCAAAGAACAAUUUUUGGCACUUUAUUUAAGCAGUGGUGUCAUUUCUAGUUUUGCUAGUCAUUUCUAUAAAGUUGUAUUUGGUUUACCUGGUCUAUCUGUAGGAGCUUCAGGUGCAAUCAUGGGUGUUCUUGGAUUUGUCUGUACAGAGUAUCCAGAUACUCGUUUAGCUAUACUUUUUCUUCCUAUGUUCACAUUUACUGCGAGUAUGGCAAUUAAAGUAACAAUGACUCUAGACUUUACAGGCUGCGUAUUAGGAUGGAAAUAUUUUGAUCAUGCUGCACAUUUAGGUGGUGCAUUGUUCGGAAUAUUUUGGCAAGCUUGGGGCAAUGCCAAUAUUUGGCGAAAACGGGAGCCAGUAUUAAUGUUUUGGCAUGAAUUACGAAAUCCACGUAAAUCACAAUGAAUAUCGACUUUUAUAAGAUGAUGCUUUUGUUAUCAAACAAAAAACGUAAGAUAUUAGAUUCAAAUCAGAUUAUAAAUUUGAUAUACUUCAGAAGGUACGGUCAUGAAAAAAAAAAAUUACAGAAUGUUAACACGUUUAAUAUAUUUUUAUUGUUAACAAUUUUUAUGUAUAUUAUAAGAAAACUAUAAAGAGAUGGAGAGAAAAAGGCAAAGAAUAAUGAGUAUAAUUUAUCUGUAACUUUGUUCAAUUGAAAAAAGUCAUAUAUUGA